CCUGUGGCCACACGUGAAGGUGAAGCUCGAGAAAAUUUUAGUCUUCAGUGCGUGCUUCAACAAAUUGGCAAUGGCAAUGGCCCGGCGGCAAGACUACUUUAAUAAAUACACAAAUUUUCACAAAAAUCACAUCAAAUUGUUUGCUGUUUACAUGAAAACGGCAAAUCUAAUGCAAAACUUUAACGUGCUCAAGCGUUCGCUUUAAGCAGCAGGAGGUGGAGGAGGACGGGCGCUGCCGUCGCCUGCACCCACCCACCAAUACCAAUUGACAGUAACAGUUUACGGGCGAAGUGUGUGCGUGUUCUAAAGUUUGUUAGUGUUAUUUCAAUUACAUCAAUUAUUAUGCGAUUGGCGGCGUGCGGGUAAUAAGCCAAACAAGUGUUUUUACCUCUUAACCGAAUGAACAAUACAAAUAUGACUACAGAAAUUUAUCAAAACCAAACAACAGACAAAAAUGACGGCCUUACGAUAGGCGUGUCUGUUUAAAAGUCGCUGUUGCUGCACAAUUUAACCAGACGGAGAAAACACUCGCCAAAUUGAGUUCAACUAGGCGGCAAGAAACGGUAUAGCAAAGCACAAACACCCACACACACACGCCAAGUAAACACACAUACACACAUAGUGUAUAUUAUGCCCGCAGAAAUCAAUAACUCUGCCGUAUACCGAGUUCAAGUCGUAAACAACAUAAAUCAACAACAAAAGGCCGGAGCAUGAGUGGCCGGACGGAAAAGGAUUACGACAGUGCGACGCCAGCGUUGCAGCAACAAAUGAACCUCGCCCGCCGCGCCUGCUGGAGCAGCUGCGCAAGCACAGCAGCUCCUCCCACUCCCACUCCCACUCACACGCGCAGCGCCGACUCCAAUUCCAAUUCCAGUUAUCGCCUUGGUGCUAUAAAAACUCAAUUGCGCGAGAGAACAGCUUGCCAGGCAGUGAAUCGAAUGGCUCGAAAUCAAAGCGUGCACCACUUGGCUGCACCACCAGCAAUCGCACCACCGAGUGAGCCGCCAUCAGCAGCAGCCACAAAAAUGUGUAAAUACAGUGACAGUGGCAGCUGGCAGCGGCAACUGUUGCUUCUGUUAUGCGGCAUUUGUUUGCUCUUGGGCAGCAUCGAGGCGCGUCCCAAUAUGAGUGCAGCCAGCAGCUCCAGUUCCAGUUCCAGCUCCAGCUCCAGCUCCAGCUCCACAAUGAAGCCGGCGGAUUCCCUCCCACAGCUAAACCUGGCACAGACGACAACGACGUCGUCGUCGUUGGCUGCGUCAACGGCGCUCCCGCCACCUCUGCCUCUUCCCCACGCCGCACACCUGAAAGCAGACACUCACGGCGAGAAGGACCUGUUCGAUGUGUCGCUCGACGAUGAGGAAGAGGAGGGACAUCAUCACACGGAACGCUAUCCGCUCUCCCAAGUGGAUUUUGCACGGGUCAAGACGCCGUUCAUAAUUGGCAUUUGGAUACUGUCAGCGAGCAUUGCCAAAAUCGGUUUUCACAUGACACCCAAGUUGCAUCUGAUAUUUCCGGAAUCCUGCCUGCUGAUUGUCGUGGGCGUGGUAAUAGGCGUUGUGCUCUACUUUUGCACGGAUGUUGCCGUUUCCCCACUCACGCCGAACACGUUCUUCUUCUACAUGCUGCCGCCGAUAAUUCUGGAUGCGGGCUACUUUAUGCCGAAUCGCAUGUUCUUCGACAACCUGGGCACCAUCCUGCUAAUGGCCGUCGUCGGCACCAUCUUCAAUGUGGCCACAAUUGGUGGCUCGCUUUAUGCGUGUGGCGUGAUGGGCAUCUUUGGCGAUGAGACGCCCAAGCUAUUGGAUGUCUUUCUGUUUGCGUCGCUUAUUUCCGCCGUGGAUCCGGUGGCCGUCCUUGCCGUCUUCGAGGAAAUACACGUCAACGAGAUCCUCUACAUUGUUGUCUUCGGCGAGUCCCUGCUAAACGAUGCCGUUACGGUUGUCAUGUACCACAUGAUGGAAGUCUAUAACGAAAUUGGAUUGCCGCACAUAAUGGCGCAGGACAUUGCCAGCGGCGUUGGCUCCUUUUUCGUUGUGGCUCUGGGAGGCACUGCCAUAGGCAUCAUUUGGGGCUUCCUAACCGGUCUGGUAACACGAUUUACGGAUCAUGUGCGUGUCAUAGAGCCCAUAUUUAUAUUUGUUAUGGCCUAUCUUGCGUAUCUAAAUGCGGAAAUCUUUCAUAUGAGCGGUAUUCUAGCCAUUACCUUCUGUGGCAUUACAAUGAAGAACUAUGUGGAAUCGAAUAUCUCUCAGAAAUCGCACACGACCGUUAAAUAUGCCCUGAAAAUGUUAUCCAGCUCGGCGGAGACAAUUAUCUUUAUGUUCCUAGGCGUGGCGACAGUCAAUAACAUGCACGUGUGGAAUACGUGGUUUGUGGUGCUAACCAUUACCUUCUGCUCCGUUUUUCGUGUUAUCGGUGUGAUUAUACUGUCGGCCAUUGCCAAUCGUUUUCGACUGCACAAAUUGUCGCGGGUGGAUCAGUUCGUCAUGUCGUAUGGCGGUCUACGUGGCGCUGUUGCCUUUGCUCUCGUGCUGCUCGUCGAUGAGAAGGUGGUCAAGCAUAAGAAUAUGUUUGUGACCACAACCAUAGCUGUGAUCUACUUUACGGUGUUUCUGCAAGGCAUCACCAUAAAACCGCUCGUCAAGAUACUAAAUGUGAAGCGAGCCAACAAACGUAAACCCUCCAUGAACGAACGCAUACACGAACGUUUCAUGGACCACUUGAUGGCUGGCAUUGAGGAUAUUGUGGGCAAGACAGGCAACUACAAUGUGCGUGAUAAGUUCAAGCGUUUCGACAAUCGCUUCAUACGCCCACUGCUGAUCAGAGAUCUGAAGGGCGCUGAACCAAAGAUUAUUGAGACAUACUCCAAGCUGACCAUGCGCGAUGCCAUGGAGGUGAUGCGUCGCAAUCCUUCGACAAUUGGCCAGAUGACGGGCACCGAGUCGAUGAGUGCACUGUUUAGGAAUUAUACCAAUAAUUAUAUUGGGGGCAGUCCAAGCUUAACAAAUCUGGAUAACUCGUGCUCCCACAACCUCGACAUGGCUGAACUGGACUAUAAUCCAUCGAAAAAGGAUUUGACUGAUGCCAAGAUACAUCACUUGCUCGCCGAAGAACUAAAGCCCUAUCGAAGGCACCGUCGUCUUAGUUAUAGCCGACACGCAGUAGAUGACAGAGAUUUGUCCACACAGGUCAAUUAUAAAAUGCAAAUGAAUUUCCGUCGCAUGUUCAACGAUCGCAAACAUCACAAGCGCAGCAAACGUGGCGCCAGCAAUAAGGAGACCAAGGAGAAUGUUAAACAGAAUCAUGUCUCCUUCCAUGAUUUCCAGCAGAACGGCACCGCGAAGCAGCUCUCCAAUGGUACGAAUACGCAUCCGAGUUCAAACCAUUCACGCAAAAAAUCUUACAGAAAAAGACAUACUCACAAUUCACUUAACAAAUAUCGUAGAUUAGACAUAGCCGAGGAUUGCCAACAAAAUCCGAAUGAGAUCAAUGUCAUUGGACCCAGCGACGAUUGGGACGAUGGUCUAACAUUCACAGCAAAAUCAUCACCUGACUCGGAUCGCGCCAAUAAUAACUCUCUGAUAGCGCAUAUACAAAACCUGCCCGGUUUUGAUGCAUCUAAAGCGCGCAUCGUUCAGCACUAUGCGCCCAAACUUGAGGACGGUCCUCAGCCAGAACUAGACUCGCCCGAUCCACCAGUUGGACCCACAGCGGCCGAACUGAUCCUGCCCUGGCGACGGGAUCGUUCAUACCAGAGCAUUGUGGCGGAGCAUCCAAUACCCGAAGAGGAUCGCAAUUUAUCGCGCGACUCGGAUGGCGAACGGCGCGUGGCCACGCCCACAGCCACAGAGUCGCAGCUGCCGUGGAAGCGCCAGGGCGAUGAAAGCACGGAUGCAGUGCAGCAAAAUGAAUUUCCCGCCUGGGCCUCAAACAAGGAGUAUUUGGCAUACAAUUCGCCCAGCGCCACCUUUCUAGGUGGUAUAAACAAGCCUAAACAGCCCAAGUCCGUCAUAGGUCUGUUCCGUCGCGAAAGUUCCAGCUCGAAGGCCGGCAGCCUGGGGCUUGGCAGCAACAGCAGUGGCGCGGUGGAUGCAGCCACAGCCAGCCAGGAUCUUGUGGCUGCGCCCAAUGUGGGCAACGCCAUGAAUCCCACUGCUUCGACGUCCAAGCACAAUCCACGGCUGGACAACCGCUCACAGUCCAUUUCAUCUAGCACAUUGGGCGCUCACCUAGUAGGGCCGGACGGUCAUACCGGACCCUUUCCGGUCACGGCCAGUCAUCGCCGGAACGUGCGACGUGGCUCCAUGCUGGAGCUUAGCGGACUUAUAGCAACUGGACGCAGACCCAGUAGAAUUUUGCUCUGUAGUCCUGGCGCUAAUAACUUGCUAGAGAACACAACAACAACAACAACUACAAGAACAACAGCCACAACAACAGCAACAGCUAUCAAUGUCAAACCAAUAUUAAUAACAACAACUCCAACAACAACAAGUACUACUGCAACAACAGCCACAGUCAGCAAUAGCAAUUCAGCAAAUCAAACAGCCGGAAAUUACAAUUCCCCGAGCAACUCGUCAACAACCAACUACAGCUCACCCACAUCGGAGAGCAGCGGCGCUACGUACUAUUCAAAUGAUACAAUACCCGAGGAAUCCACCUAUCAGCACGGCCACUCCAAAUCGCUCUGCGAACCCGCGGAUGGGGAUGAUUGGGACGCGAUGCCGCUUACUAAUACCGGCGCCUCCGUCUCCGCCUCCACGGCGGGCGAGAGAGUAAUGCAUUCGGGUCGUGAGCCUUUGCUGCCCCGCUUGGCAUCGACGCCACGUGCCCAGAUCCGACACAUGAGCGCCGGUGCGGUGAGCGGUGCUACUGUGGGCGUGCCGGGCUGCAAGAAUCAAGUGACCACCGCGUUGCUAGACUACGAGGACACUGACAGCGAAACCGAGGACGAGGACGAUGACGAAGGCGAGGAUUUCGAUUUGUAUGACGAUGAGAAUAUUGUGGUCACCACAUUCACAACCCCACUCACGCCACGCCUACACGAGCUGGGCAGACGCGGCGGACCUGGUGGUGGUGGAGCAUCUGGCGGUGGUCCAACCACCAGCACCACCACCACGAGCAUUCGCCUGACGCGGAACAACGAUGAAAGCAUCAUUUGAGUGUCGAGCAGUGCAGAUGCAGCUGUUUCAGCUAGUUGGACAGCCCGUGUCCGGUCCAGAUUUAGUCCCUUCCAAUACGAAAUGUUCUACUGAGAUCAGCAACGAUUAAACCCCAACAUAGCUAUAUAUAGUUCGUUCUAUAU